AAGUGGCUUUGCAGAAACAUUGUUUUAAAGUGACAGAUUUCUUCUCUUCUUUACACAGGUUUAAAAAAGCUUCAAGGUUAUGUGUCAGUGGUUAACAUGAUUGAAAAGUAUAGGCUAGAAUUUUUUGUUGCUAUGUGUUCUCAAGCCAUUUCUGAUUUAUGGCAACUCAAAGGUGAACCUAACUUGAGAUUUUUUUUUAGGGCUGAGAGUUUGUGACUCACUCAAGGCCAAUCAAUGGGUUUCAGAGACUGAGCAGGGAAUCAAAUUCUGGUUUCUUGAGUCAUACUCUGAUGCUCAAACCACUACAUCAGAGGUAAGAACAGGCCAUUCAGCCCAGUUCUCCAAUUGUAUGGUAUGAUCAUUCAUGGUAUGAUCAUUCAUCAUUCAGCUCCAGAUCACUGGAAGUCACAACCCAAAAUAGAAGCACUACAUUCAUGCCAAAGUAUCUCAAGCACAUCAGACUUGUUGUCUUUACUACAAGGUUGCCAUAGCUACACCAGUUCUUAUGAUGUCAAAAGUAGUUCUAAGAUGAUGUCACAACCAACCAGGAUGCUUAGAAUGUGCGCACGGAGAGGCUUCUCGAAGAAGUCAUAAGAUCCAGGGAAGCCAGACAUGGGAUGGUGAUGUAGUGGCCUCCUCCCAAGAUUAUGGAGAGGCUUGUGGCUCUGGUUGCUUGGUAACCGCAUGGAGUCACCACCAGUGGUGGCCACCAUUUUCCAAGACAUCCUCUACUGGAGUCAAAUGAGCAAGAGGGGAGCGGGGCCUGGUAUCCACUCUGUAGCAUGGGCCCCGUGGCUACCUCUAAUACUCACUUUUUCUUCUUGAUCGCACUAGUGUCUUUCGCAAGGUUGGACACGGCCAAUGAGCCUUGCCCAAUCCCGUGCCGUUGCACCGUGGAAAUCCUCAACUGUAGCAGGACCGCCAACCCUCCCGGGCUCCACCGGGUGCCCUUCCCCAAGGCGGUUGGCCACCCCCCUGUUUUCUUCUUUUUGGAUUUCACGAAUAAUGCGAUUUCUACUAUUGGAACACAAGCAUGGAGGGGCUAUCCUUGGGCUGAGUACUUGGUUCUCAAGGGCAAUAGCUUGACCCGACUGCAAAAUGACUCUCUGGAUGGCUUGCUUUCACUUACACACCUGGACCUGUCAUGUAAUAAAAUUCGGACCAUUGAGAAAAAUGCAUUUGAACCCGUUCCAUUCCUGCAGUUCGUAGAUCUCAGUGGCAACGUUAUUGGUCGGAUCACUCAGGGGGCAUUUCAGGCCUGGCAUGGAAUGCAGUUUUUGAUCAAGUUGGUUCUCAACCACAACCAAUUGACAUCCAUUGAUGAUGCCUAUUUUUACAAGUUGCCCUCACUGAAGUUCCUAGACCUCGGAGCAACAGGGAUUUCCCCAAACACAUUGGUGGAACUGCUCAAAAUCACCCUUCAAUUGAAAACUCUCGUCUUGCCCAAGAAGAUGGUUUGUUGCCUUUGCCGUAUUCAGGACGACAUUGAAGUUCUGUGUGAAAGCAUCCAAUUGAAUUGCACUGAAUCAUGUGACUCAAACAGCACUCAGUGUGAGAAAAAUGCGGGUUUGCAUAAGAUGCAAGAGGAAGUUAUGAAGAUUUUGGAAACCAGGAAACAGAAUUCCAGUAACGUCCUGAGUAUUCAGCCAGAGAGACCUCUGCAAGAAAACACAUCUUUGGCAAUGCCAGUGAACCAGAGCCUCACACAUUUUGGCAUCCAUUUCCAGAAACUGACUCCCCACCUUUUCACAACUGUAGAGCAUUUAGCAGAUGUGAAGAACAAUGAAUCUCUGGACAUAAAAUGGACUGACAAAAGUGAACUGAAACAAUUAUACAUGCUGGCCAAGCUGCUGCAGGCAGAACUCAGAGGGAAAAUUGAUGAAUACCAAGGGAAAAAUGAAUGGGCAGAAGCCUCAAGUGGCACUACACCGGCUGCAGAAGAGCGUGUUGCUCCUGCUCUGCAGAAGAAGAGACAUAUAAGGAAAGUCAAAAGAGACAGUUCGUCUCCAAACAGAAAACAACCACUUCUCACAAUGGGCAAAAAUAAGCAGGCGUUGUCAAAGGCCGUGAUGCAAUAUGCAGAGCUGCCAGGCAUCCAAGAUUCCACACCAAGGUCUCAGCACAUGAGAAAGCUAUCAAAAGCCUUUAAGCCUCUCAGGCCCCGUCACAUAGCACCACACCUGUCCCCUUGGAAGCGCUCCAUUUCAGGCUUUUCAACCCUGGCUUCUCCCACCUUAACGGCCUCCAUCCUGAUGGAUGACGACGACGACGACGAAUUGACAGGCAAAGUUUUUAUUAUUUUGAAACACGGCAAUAAAUCAAGAAAGCGCGGGCCAACUACAACUCCCACUCCUGUCAGCAAACAGGAGGAAGAGGCACCUCGUCAAUAUUCCCAACCAGAGAGUCAGCCUGCCCUUCCCUCUUUAUCCCUCCCCUCUCAGAAUGAACCUGUUGGAGGCAACAUGGAGAAUGCUGGGGGAAGAGCUGGAGAAAAUGUUGGGGGUAAUAUUGGAGGGAGUGGCGCUGAGACCCACGGCUACAGUAAGGAAGAUCUGCUCAACCAACUCAUGCACGGAGGGGAGAAAGGCAAAAUCCCAGAGGAUGACUUGAAUCAGCUCUCGCCUGACAUUACAUUGUCCCAUGAGACACACUGGGAACAUCAUGAGCCAAAAACCACUGUUUCCUCCCAACUUAACCAAAUGAAGCCUCAGGAUGACUUUCUGCGUAAAGGUGACCUCUUUGAAGUUGAGCUGAACAAGCGUUUAGCAACCCUCAUCCCAAAUGUGCCGGUGAGGAAGCUCAUCUCCCAUGUGAUUCGCAUCCUGAAAAUGGACUGCACAGAGCCCGCCAUCCAGAUGGCUUGUGCCAAACUCAUCUCCAGGACAGGGCUCCUUAUGAAACUGUUCAGUGAUAGAGAAAACAUCAAGGAGACUUCCCCUCUGUGGGAGUCAUACUUUUGGCCUGUCAAAAAUGCAGUCAACAAGACCAAGUCUAGCUCAAGAAAAAUAGAGAAACCUUCUGAAGAGAUAGCAAGGCAGGGAAUUCCAGAAUAUGGAUAUGGCAACAAGAUACUGUUGGCUAUUUCAGUGACAGCAGCAAUAAUGCUUAUCAUUUUGGCAAUAGGACUGUACGAGAUCUGUUCGCAGCGCUCAAGGGAAGGAGGCGAAAGACGGGGAUUCUGGGGCAGAAAGAAGGGAUCAGUGGAUGAGCAGUCUUCUGCAACUUCUUCUCUUGAUAAGCCUCUCUGGCUUAAAGACACAUAUCAGCCUUUGGAUGAAACACGGAGGAAGAGCAUGGUUAAUAAACUCCAUGAUGCAGAGUCCUCUGAUGAGGAAGACAUAUUCAACUGGGCUAAUGCAAGACCCCCAGUGGUGGCUGAGCCUCUUCCUGCACCAAAGACCAGUUCAGUCAAAUUAGAAGCUCCGCCUCCUUCUGCGGAGCCACCCCCGGUUAAAAAGGCCAGUUCCAAGAAACUGGCUGCACCACCCGCUGACAAGGCCUCUGCUGAAGGCUCAGCUGCAAAGAAGUCCGGAGAAGAAGGAAGUGAAGCGGGGACUGAAGAAGCUUCAAAGAAAGCUUCGGAAGGGGAAGGCGAAGCUGAAGGCGAAGCUGAAGGCGAAGGCGAAGAGGACUAAGGUUGACUGUUCUACGUUUGUGAAUACUGCUGUACAUUAUCUAGAACGUUAUAAAAAUUGUAUUUUCUUCAUAUGGGAUAUUAUUAAAUAUAUUCCUCCAAUAA